UGUUUGGAGCGAGUGGGUGAACUAUCUUGACUGAGCCAACAUCUUUGUCUCAACGCGUGACGUGUGACGCUUCAGGAAGUGUGGGCUCGUCCGUUGAAUAGAAAAACACAGACUCUGGAGAAAGAAGAAAACUAGUGUAAUACAGGGACCCUGCACAGGAAAAGGCUGCUCUGUGUCAAGUUUCCUUCCAGUUACAAGAGCUUCUUGUACUGUUUCAGAAACCUGGGCAGUUGUCCCUUCUGAGUUUAGUGCAGUCUUUCAAAACAACGCCAGCUAGCGUCAACAGAAGUGUUGAAUCGGAGAAAUGGGACGUAUGGAGCAGAUUAGCAGCUCCCGCCGACCCCCCCGCUGUCUGUGGUAAGCGUUGUUGUUCUGUCGGUACAGUAGCGGACACACUGAUGUCCUCACUGUCUGCACUGUUGUUCUCAGCUGUUACCGAAACGUUAGACACCCCCCCCAGAAUCGUCGUUUCUGAUCCACUGCUCGGCUUGUGAUGGCGUGGCACUUAGCUGCUUCUUUGUCUGUGUGACCCGUGUAAGGACUAUGCAUGAGAAACGCGGAUGUUACUCUUUUUACACUGUCAAAGUCGGUACAAGGAACCAGCGUGGGGUAACCAGCUCAUUAUUGUCUCCGUUGAGCCGGUGAAAGCCAGCUGACAUCACUCCACAACUUCUCCGACUGUCUGAGCAGCUGAAACAUGGACGAUGAGCUGUUUGACCAGAUCGUGGCCGUGUUUAACAGCCUGGUUUCGUGGGUCGCUGCUGGUGCCAUGGUGUUCGGUGGGCUGGUGCCCUACAUCCCCCAGUACAGAGACAUCCGCCGGACCCAGAAUGCAGAGGGGUUCUCCACCUACGUGUGCCUGGUCCUCCUGGUGGCAAACAUCCUGCGGAUACUGUUCAGAUUUGGCCGCUACUUCGAGACGCUGCUCCUGUGGCAGAGCAUCAUCAUGAUCGCCACCAUGCUCAUCAUGCUGAACCUGUGCACCAACGUCCGCAUGGCCACUGAACUGAACACCAAACGACGCUCCUUCAUAGCGACAGACAGUAAGGACGAGGAGAUCAGAAUCCCUAAGAGGCUCUUUCUGGACUUUGACUGGAACCACUUCUGGUCGUGGAGUCACUUCGUUGACUACCUGCAGUGCGUGCUGGCCUUCACGCUGGUGGCAGCCUAUAUAACCUACCUCUUCCUGGACUCUGCGGUGUUCGUGGAGUCCCUGGGUUUCCUGGCUGUCUUCACAGAAGCAAUGCUGGGCACACCACAGCUCCACUGCAACUAUCAGAACAAGUCUACAGAGGGCAUGAGCAUCAAGAUGGUGCUGAUGUGGACCAGCGGGGACACCUUUAAAACGGGAUACUUCCUGCUCACCCAGGCUCCCGUGCAGUUCUGGACAUGUGGCCUGCUGCAGGUCUUCGUAGACUUCGCCAUCCUGUUCCAGGUUUACUACUACAGCCGCUACCCGCAGAAACCAGUGUCCCACACCGUCUCCCACACCACCAGUGCCAAAGCCCUCUGAAAGCCCCUGCAAGGUCUCCGAGGACACCAGUGAGGAAACUGUGUAAACAUACACGAGCACCAAAGCACCUUGAGAUGAUGCAGGCUGCUCGCCCUCACCUCCAAGUAUACAUAAAGACACAUACACACCCAUAAAUAAGGCAUGGGUAUACACAAACACUUUGUGGUGUUGGUGUCUGCAGCGAUGCCUGAAGGACACUUGUUGCAAACAAACUUUUUUGCUUUAUUUAUCCUACUGACUUCUCCUCAAUGCGACAGUAUGCUUGUGUCUUGGAAUGCAGACUUCUCAAAGAAUAUAUCCUUCAAUCAACUUGUGCAUGUGGAGAAUAUUAUGCACAUACAUGAAUAUAUACAGUCUAUAAACUGCAGAUGUAUGCACUGAAAUCUGUGCUCAAGGAAAUGUGGACCAGCUUUUCUCAUCCACAUUAGCUGAUGAUUGUUGCAUGGACCCUCUGCCUUAAAACACACAUUCAAACAUGGCUUACCAGCAAUAGAAAUGAAUGAAUCAAUAAAAUAAAAAAAUCUUAAUAUACAACGUUACUGAAUGUACAAAACGGUUAAAAAAACAUUUGUUACUUUGUAGUUUUUUUCCAACUCAGUGGAGAAAUGCUGGUCAGGCUACCACUUGUUGGACAGAUGGUUGCCAUGCGCUGUGGCACACAGGCUCAGUCUUGUGGGAUAAUGGAGGAAUCAAACCUAGAGGCAAUCAAACGUUACCAAAAGAAGAAAAAAAUCCAAAGGCUUAAAGAUGCAGGGCAAUGGCUUUUAAGUGUCAUUGAGGCUAACAGAGUGGUGUAAAAAUCAAGCUUUGUAAAAGACAUAAGGGCUGUCUGUUCCGCCUGAAGCCAGUAUUGCAGGAAGCAAAGGUGUUCAGUUAUUGGAAACAUCUUCAAACAUCAGUAUGUUCAGGCUGCGCGGGUUGCCAAAUGCCCAAGAUUGUUGUAGUGAAGCUGUUGAUGGCAUUUUGUUUAGAAAUUUGAUCAUUGCUAGCUAGCUACAGCUGUACAGUCUGUAUAUGAGUUGUUUGGGGCAAAUAAACACAGUCUGAUCAUUCUGAUUUAAUUUAACAUUCAUGCUGCAUUCAGGCCAGCAGAAUGGGAGAAACAGAAAAACUUACCAUUAUACGACUUAGGAGUGUUUAUACAUUAUUAUAAGUUGCUGGUAGCCUUGUGGUCACACCAUUUAAAGGUCUGUUGUGUAACAUUCAGGAGGAUCUAUUGGCAGAAAUGGAAUAUAAUAUUCAUGGGUAUGUUUUCAUUAGCAUAUAAUCACUUGAAAAUAAGAAUUGUUGUUUUCGUUACUUUAAGAUGAAACGUACUAUCUACAGAGGCAGCAGAUCCUCUUCCAUGGAGGCCGCCAUGUUGUACUGCCAUGUUUCUACAGUAGCCCAGAACGGACAAACCUAACACUGGCUCUAGCUAUAGGGGCUUUCGCGUUUUUCCGCAAGUUUGGUGGCCACUGUAGUUAUUCCUACAUGCUUGGAAGGAGCUCGGUAAUUCAAAUGGUUGCAAUCUGCAACUUCACCUCUAGUUGCCACCAAAUCCUACACACUGGUCCUUUUACAUUACUGUCUAAACUAGCUACUUUUCUUGUGUAUUAGUUGUGUUGCUGUAUUAGUUGAUAUUAUAUUUUGCUGUCAUUUUGCCACCAGUUUGUUGAUACUGUAGUUCUUUUUCGCCUGGUGGGAGAAAAUAUAAUAGCUCAGAUUUUCCAAUACUUCUGACUCAGAAUGCUGACUUGGCUGCUCUGAACAAUAUGAGGUAGACGCAGCAUCACUUUGCAAUUUUGGCCAUCAUUCCAUUAUCUGUAAUGAUAACAAUAACUUAAUAAGUUAAUUGCUGAGAUCUGGGACAGCAGUGACAUCACUACAGAGAUGCAACUGUCUCAGACAUUAUUUUGUUGAGUUACAGAGGUUAUUGUUACAGCCUCAGCUACAAAAUGAGACCCAAGUUGCAAUGAACCAGAACUAUUCUUUAAGAGAGGUUAACUUCAGGUUUUACGGACUGAUAUUCUGGAAUAUCAUAUCUUCACUUCCCAUCAUAUUGGCUGUGGGUUACACUGACUGGCCAGUUCAUUAUUUAUAUUGUGAAUCCAAUAACAUCCCCUGAUACCCCCACUCAUGACUCCACAUGACCGUGUGGUGCUGCUUGGGCCAGGUUGUACUCCUCACCAUUUUGUCCCAAGAAAUUAAUUUCCUGUUCAGAAGGAAAAGCAGCCACAUGACACAGUGAAGAUUUUCUUUUGUUACUGUUGUUUUGUAAUUUUUCUCUGGGGAGGAUGGAAAUGCCAAACCAGGAGGUGUACGACUGUCAGCCCUUCAGUGAACUGUGUACCAGAGCAGACCUGAUUCUGUCCUCUUCUUCCAAGCCUCAAGAACUGGAAGCUUCCCUUUUGUUCCAGUGGGAUGUGGCAGGAGUUUUCUAUGAAUAUUUCUUUCCUUACUCUUAAAUAUACACAAACGAUAUAUGUGGUCGCCAUAUUUAUUUUGUUAUCCUUUUCAUAAUCUUCAAAUGCCAUUCUAAGAUAGUGUACGUCUGUUAUUCAGACAGUGGAUAAUGGAUAAUGUGAGAUACCCAGCAGGUUCUUUUUGUGCUCAACAGGAUCAAAAUGACCUCAGUGUCUCACUUUAUUUAAUGUUUUAUUCCAUGUGUCUGAUUUUACUUUUUUUACAUUGUGUUUUGUAUCAUUUGGUUCAUUCAUUUGAUCAUGUGAAGGUAUUUUUUCCCAUCGAAACUGCCAACUUUUGCAUCUGUGAGUUCCACACCUAGUUUGUUAACAUACCAAAAAUAUUAUUUUCACUGUUUGUUGUGCCAUUUUACAAUGUUACAUCUGUUUGUUUUUCAUUUUUCUAUUAAAGUGCCAAGACCUUUUUCACAGCGACCAUUUUGACAUGAUAUAGUAGGGUAAACAGGUGUUAAUGAUGAUAUUAAAGGUUCAGUUCCAUUCAGAGUCAGGGUGCUGCUGUUGUGUGUGUGUUGUCUCAUUCGAAAAGGCUCCGCGCCACUAAGUGGAACAGAACCUUAAUUAGUAUUAUUGGUAAUUCCUGUUUACCCUACUUUUUCAUAUCAAAAUCGCUUCUGUGAAAAAGGUCUAUUGUCCACCUCAGUAACUAAUGACAUCCAUCAACACUUGAGGCUGAUUAAACACCGAGUUUUGUUGAGAAUCUAAUGUGGCAUUGUCACCCAAUAAAGAGGACACAGAGAGA